CUUGCCCAGUUCCUCGUACGCACUCUUCAAUGUUCUUUCUCUGUAUUUCUUUUUCUUUUUCUUUUUCUUUUUAUCCAUCCUUUCAUUCUUCCUCUUUCCUACCAGUACCCAAUCUCAGAUCAUAAUAACUAACAUUAACUAUUUCUAUUGUCCUCUUCUAUGGCACCCUCCCUUGAUUUUAAUCCUUUUAUAUUUCCAGCGUCAUAUUUCCUCCCUGAGACCACCAUCAUUCCUUCACCACAUUGUUCUUUGAGACCCUCCAGGAACCCUCCAGGAACGCACAUUCCGACCUAUCUAUUGUUUUGAUUUCUUCCCUUCCUGACACCGGGGUAGCUUCCGCCACACCAGAUGCCAUGCUGUUGACACCGUUUCUUGGGUUGGGCCUCGAUGCUCAAGUCCUUGAACCUCAUCAUACUUCCUUGAUAUCUCAUACCCUCACCUACAAACACUUGUUCUCCUUCACUCCUUUGUGUCCUUUUGUUCUUCUUGUAGUUCCUGUAACUAAUAGAUACCCAUUGGCGACUCUCGUCUUUCUAUUGUCCCAUUCAUGUCCAUCUUUCCCUUUUGUUUUUACUCUUGCCGCUAACUCUCCUAUUUACCAACUCGUUCGCUCUCUUGGUUCAUUGGUUCGCUGACAACCCAGCCCAUCUGUUAUUUGUCUCCCACGAAUCCUACGAUUUUUUGCUUUCGGAUAAUACCCAUCUUCACAUUCACGUACUGAUAUCAUGAGGCUUACAACGGCUUCCAUUGCUUUCCUUUCCCUUUUUCACCUGUCAGCUGGACAGCCGAGGCAUCGCCAUGUCCAUCGGCAUAGGCCACACAGGACUAUCAUCACGAAGAGGGACAAGAUCACCAUCACUGAUUCUACGCGCAGCACAACAACGGAAAUCCCCGAAGUUGUAGUCUACGUAGACCAGGAUAACAACACAAUCCGUACCGCUACGGAACAAGUUGUUUAUGUUCCCGUGUCGGUGGAUACGUCUAAGAAACCAGCAACCCCUGUGUCAACUGAAGCUACGAUAUCGGGGUUAUUAACAACUCCUACGCCGCCCCCGAUUGUUCCAUCGGUGCCAGCAACCGACCAGCAAACUUCUUUCUCUAAACCAGCUUCCUCCGUAAACACAUACCCGGCGAGCUCAAACUUGCCGGAUCCUCCUACGACACCUACUCCUAUUUCUAACCACAGUGCUCUUCAUGGUGUCACCUACUCUCCUUAUAAGGGCAACGGAGGCUGCAAGACUGCGGACGAAGUGGACGCAGAUUUUGCCCUUAUAGCUAAGGAUUAUGGAGUCAUUCGCUUGUAUGGCGUGGAUUGCGAUCAAGUAGCCAAAGCGUAUGCCGCGGCCAAGAAUUACGGCAACAAACUCUUCCUGGGCAUCUUCGAUAUCAACUCGAUAGAUCAAGCCGUCUCUACCAUGGCUACAGGUCUGGACCAUGAUUGGAGUAUGGUCGACACCGUCUCGGUAGGCAACGAAUUGGUCAACAAUGGUGGAGCCACGGUGAGCCAGUCGCUGGGUGCCUUGACGGAAGCACGCUUCAGACUGAGAGAUGCUGGGUAUCAAGGCCCAGUAGUAGUCGUCGAUACGUUCGUCGCUGUGCUUGCCCAUCCCGAGCUUUGCGAUCAGUCGGAUUAUUGUGCUGUUAAUGUCCACCCUUUUUUCGACCCGAAUACAGGCGCUGAUCAAGCAGGCCAGUUCGUCACUUCUACUGUCACCAAGAUUCGCAGCAAAAUGUCAGAUUCGAGCAAGCGUAUCGUGGUGACAGAGACAGGAUGGCCCUGGCAGGGACAAUCGAACGGCGCCGCGGUCCCCGGAAUGGACCAGCAAUCCACCGCACUUUCUUCCAUCAAAAGCGCGUAUGUAGAAAAUGCCGGGGAUGUGAUCCUUUUCACGGCUUUUAACGACUUGUGGAAGAAACCCGUUGCGGGUACAUUUAUGGCAGAGCAGUUUUGGGGUAUGGGAGGGCGUUACUCGCCCAGUGAUCAGUAGAAUGGCGAGUGUGGAUGCCAUGUGUCUACCUAGGUAGAGAUGAAACAAGUUACGAGUUAACGAGGCUAGGAAUAUGGAUGGCAACAAUUGGUUGAAGAGAUGGCGGCUAGGUCUAAAUGGCUAGAGAAAAGAAGGGAGAUGGGAGAUGGGAGAUGGGAGGAUGUGUACGAUUUUGACCGGUAUCCUCUUCACUGUAAAUCAAUUUGAUCGCUGUAUUU